CGGACAUAACAGUAGCAACAGCUCCGGCCUUCCGAGUAUCGGAGUCUGCAGAGAACUGUAGGAAGCAAAUCGAAGACGACCACGUUCCUUCAGAUUAAACCUUAAAACUCUAAGCUCGUCCGAGGUAGAGUGUGUGGUCUACUUGCAGAGAGAAGGUGAAGAAGAGAGAUGGAAGUGGAACUGGAGCCUAGAGUGAAGCCACUGGGCUACAAGGUGAAGGCCGCUUCGAGGGAGUCCCCACCGACCCAGAAGGCGGCUCAAAUCCUCGAGCUCGACCUCCGCUCCCACUGGUCCACCGGUACCAACACAAAGGAGUGGAUCUUGUUAGAGCUCGACGAGCCUUGUCUUUUAUCACAUAUAAGGAUCUAUAAUAAGUCUGUACUGGAGUGGGAGAUUGCAGUUGGCUUGCGGUUCAAGCCGGAGACAUUCACAAGAGUUCGGCCUCGCUGUGAAGCACCACGGCGGGAAGUGAUGUACCAGAUGAAUUACACACCAUGUCGCUAUGUUCGCAUAUCUUGUUUGAGGGGAAACCCAAUAGCAAUAUUUUUUAUUCAGUUGAUUGGAGUUCCUGUGGUUGGUCUUGAGCCGGAAUUUCAACCUGUUGUCAGUCAUUUAUUGCCCCAAAUUGUAGCUCACAAGCAAGAUAUUCAUGACAUGCAUCUUCAGUUGCUUCAAGACAUGACAAACAAGUUGGUUGUUUUCCUCCCACAACUUGAGGUGGAUCUAGCCAGUUUUACUGAUGAUGCCGAGGGGAACCUGCGGUUCCUUGCCAUGAUUGCUGGACCAUUUUAUCCUAUAUUAUACAUUGUAAAUGAAAGAGAAACCACAAGGUCCUUAUCCAUCAUGCCGGAGUCUGAUGUUUCUAAGAGCCCCCAACCAUCAGCAUUGACCGUCUCUUCGAAUUUUGAGCCUCGGAGAUCCCGCAGCACAUCACCCUUGUUAGCAGCAUCAAGUUCAACGGCUUUCCGCCCAGAUGCAGUUUUCACUCUUCUCAGAAAGGCUUAUAAGGAUGCUGAUCUUGGAGUAAUUUGCAAAAUGGCUUCUAGACUGCUGCAGCAGCUAACUGAGCCUGCUGUUGGGCAACAAACUUGUGUUCCCACCACCAGGGAGACAUCUAUGCAGGAUGAGACAGUAGAACCUGUUUUAAUGAAUCCUUUCCCAUUAGUAGAUUACUCAAGCUUGUUUGGGGAAGAAUUCCACAUGCCGGAUGAUGAAUGGGACAUUAACUAUUUCAACAUUUUGGAUUUACGGGCAGUGGAAGAAGGGAUCUUGCAUGUUCUUUAUGCUUGUGCGUCUCAGCCAACGCUUUGCUGCAAAUUGGCGGAGAAUUCUUCUCAGUUUUGGUCCGCACUGCCAAUUGUACAAGCAUUGUUACCAGCACUUCGUCCCUCGGGAAGCAGUCUUGAUCAUUUUGAUGAAAGUUUUUCUGCAUGGAGGCAACCCUUUAUCCAACAAGCCCUGUCUCAGAUUGUCAUGACAACAUCUUCAUCAGUGUACCGUCCACUUCUUCACGCCACUGCUGGAUAUCUAUCAUCGUUUUCCCCAUCACAUGUCAAAGCCGCUUGCGUGUUGAUUGAUCUUUGUUCAAGUGUUUUAGCCCCUUGGGUGCCCCAAAUGAUUGCCAAGGUUGAUCUCGCUGUGGAGCUCCUGGAGGACCUUUUGAGCAUUGUUCAGGGUGCCUCUCAUUCUCUCCCACAUGCACGUGCUGCUCUUAAAUAUAUUCUGCUUGCUCUGUCUGGGCACAUGGAUGAUUUGCUAGGGAAAUACAAGGAGGUUAAGCGCAGAAUUCUCUUUUUGAUUGAAAUGCUGGAGCCUUUCCUGGAUCCUGCCAUAACAAAAUUCAAAAGUUCAAUAGCUUUUGGAGAUGUGAGCUCUGAGUUUUCUGAAAAGAAGGAACACAAUUGUGAGAUUGCACUAAAUGUUAUUCGUACAGCUAUAAGGAAGUCAGCUGUACUACCUUCUCUGGAAUACGAGUGGCGGAGUGGAUCAGUUACUCCUAGGGUUCUUCUUUCUAUAUUGGAACCUCACUUGCAGUUACCUCCAGAAAUUGACCUUCGCAAGUCUUCUGCCUCCGAGAUGAUUCAACAGGUGUCCUCUUCUUCAUUAUCUUUUCCUUCUGCUGGACAUGGCAGUGCUUCUUCAAGAACAAAUGGCGAAGAAGAACCAGAUGGAAAGAUUGACAUGUCUGAUGCAGUUGUCAAGAUGGAGACUUUCGAAGAUGGGAGUUCAUUUUUUGCUUCUCCUGAAUUAAAGAGCAUAUCGCUGACAGUUCUAUCUAGCACUCAAGAAGAAAGCAGUCUGGAUGCUAAGUUGGUUGGUGUGAGCACCAAACAAAAUCAUGAGGCUGAGAAAAGCUUUACUGACCACCUUCAGAGCAAUUUAGUUUUAGAUGAUGGUUUUGCAGCAGAAUAUUUUAACUUGCAAGAAGAUUAUUAUCGACUUGCUAACUAUGGGGAAUGUGAGGUCAGGGCCACCGAGUUUCAGCGUUUGGCCUCAGAUUUACACUCACAGCAGGAAAUCUCUGUUGAGAGUCAUGAUGCUGCUGUAGAUGCUCUGCUUUUGGCUGCAGAGUGCUACAUCAAUCCGUUCUUCAUGAUGUCCUCAAAGGCCAGCGGGAAAGUUUUGAGUCACAGGGAUAUGGGCAGAAUCAAGGUUGACAAAUCUAAUGAUGUUUUAGUAUCAAAGAAGUUUGCUGGCAAUUCAAGUAACUUGGAAAGUAUAGCUCGUCUUGAGAAGAAAAGGGACAAGGUAGUGCUACAGUUACUUCUUGAGGCUGCUGAAUUGGACAGAAACUAUUGGGAGAUGUCAGGUGGAGAACUCAGGACUUACUAUUCGGAAUUAUCUGAUGGAGGAGUUAUUAAGUUAUCUCCAGGUGACGUACAAACUGCAGAUGCGAUCACCUUGGUUAGACAAAACCAGUCCCUGCUAUGUAAAUUUCUGAUACGGCAACUGCAAAGGGAGCGAAAUUCGAUGCAUGAAGUACUGAUGCAGAGUCUCCUAUUCCUGUUGGAGUGGGCCACCACAUUAAGCUGUGACCCCGGUGAUGUGAUUGAUAUAAUGUUAAGCUCCGGUGACUGCUUAAAUAGAGUGGUCGUGUCCCACUAUCAUCAUUCCAAGGAAGGGAAUUCGCAAAGCCCUGGCCAACUCCAUCAGGUGCGAAGGCAUUGGAUAUUGCUUCAGAAAUUGAUAAUAGCAUCAAGUGGAAGUGACCAACAUUCAGAGUUUAAAAUUAGUCGUACUAGUGAUUUUCGCUAUGGCGCUUUGAUACCAUUUUCAGCUUGGAUAGAAAAAAUACCCUCAUUCUCUGGUUCUGCUUCCCCCCUUGUCCGAUUUCUUGGAUGGAUGGCUGUAUCACGUAAUGCAAGGCGAUAUAUAAAGGAUCAAACUUUUCUCACUUCAGAGCUGUCACAGUUGACAUGCUUAUUGUCCAUUUUUGCUGAUGAUCUCUCAAUGGUAGAUAAACUUGUUAACCGGAAAGAGGAUGAUACAAACGUUGAUGAUUCUCAUAUAACCCAAGCAAGCACAUUGACUAAAGGGCAUGAAGGUGAUGGACAAAGUGGAUACCGGUCCUUCAAUAUCAUCUAUCCUGAUCUUUGUAGAUUUUUUCCGAAUAUGAAAAAGCAAUUUGAAUUGUUUGGAGAAACCAUCCUGGAUGCUGUUGCCUUGCAACUGAAGUCUUUUCCAUCAACUGUCCUUCCAGAUAUUUUGUGCUGGUUCUCUGAGUCAUGUUUGUCACCAUUUCUGUGGAAGGACACUAGCAUUUCUCCGACUAGUUCUGACCGUUUGAAGAGUUGUGCGGGAAAAAAUGCAAAGGCAAUUAUCCUGUAUGUACUCGAAGCCAUCGUGGUUGAGCACAUGGAAGCAAUGGUGCAUGAAAUUCCUAGAUUGGUACACGUGCUGGUUUCACUUUGCAGAGCACCAUACUGUGACGUGUCAUUUCUUGGUUCGGUCCUGCUGCUGUUGAAUCCAAUAAUUUCAUAUUCCAUGCAAAAGUUCUCCGAUGAGGUUUUGCUGGCUGAUGAAUUAUGUCUGAAUUUUGAGUCUCUAUGCUUUAAUGAGCUCUUUAGUGAACUCGCAGAGAAAGAUGGUAGUGGUGUUUCUUCUGGUAAAUUAUGCAGAAGACCUCUGAUUAUAUUUGUGUUGGCUUCUGUGUUACCUGAUCUAUCAUUUCAGCAUCGAAGAGAGACGUUGCAGUCUUUGCUUGCGUGGUCUGACUUUACUGUUUCAGAACCAACUUCUAGUUUCCAUGACUACCUUUGUGCUUUUCAGUGUUUGUUGGACAGCUGCAAACUUCUGUUGUUUCAAACUUUGAGUAAGUUUGGGGCAAUUCCACUUCAGUUGUCAAACCAUUCUGGUAGUGGGACCACUUUAUCCUAUGAUGGCAGCUCAAAAUCAGAUGCAUGGUUUCUCAAUGACAUACUAUCUGCGCAACUUCCAACUGAAGGUGCUGAAAAGACUGCUGCUGAUGCCGUCAUCCUAGUUAAGAAGAUCAAUAGUUUGUCUAUGGAAGAGAUAAAGGAGUUCACUGAACACUUGGAGCGCCUACUUGAGAAACUCUAUCCAACGCUAGAGCACUGUUGGACGCUUCAUCAUCAAUUUACAAAGAAGCUGGUUAUCACAGCAGCAGAGUGCUUCAUAUUUUCAAGGUGUUUAUCUUCACUUAUGGAAAAUUUUCAUCACGGUGAAGGUGUGGUUGGUGAAUAUCUUGAAGCAGUCAAUUCAGUUGAUCAACUUUUAGAGCAUUGGCGGUUGCCGUUCAGGGUGUUGCUGACAUUCUUCCAAGGAUUUUACAAAGCUAUUGCUGGGUUGUUUCGUCUUUGAUGCUUGAUUGCCUACUUGCAGUUCCAACGGGAUUUCCCCUGAAUGUAAUCAUUGGGACCAUAUGUUCGGCAAUCACGAGUUUUUCCAGCUCUGCUCCAAAAAUUUCUUGGCGGUUACAAACUGA